AUGGCGUAUAAUCGCGCUCCCCUGUCCGUCAUGACCCUCAACUGCAGAGGCUUGAAUAUACCGGAACGCCGCUCUCACCUACUAAGAAUCCUGCGACAGAAACACAUAUCGAUAGCGAUGCUACAAGAAACUCACUUUCGGGAGAACGCUGCUCCAAAACUCCGAAGCGCUCAUCACCCAUUACACUACUGCAACAAUCAUCCGACCGCUCGUCGGGCGGGGGUUGCGAUACUGCUUGCUGCAAACCUAGAUUUCCAAGAACUGGACAGAUUGGCUGACGAUCAAGGGCGCUUCCUUUUCCUGAAAGGAACGAUAGCCGACAGAAUGUACACUCUCGCGACCAUAUACGUUCCCAAUUCAAAGCAAGCACAAUUUCUUCGCGGGACACUACACAAACUGCAUGGAUUCUCGGAGGGAGCACUGAUAGUGGGGGGAGACUUUAAUGUUCCAUUAGACCCUCUCAUGGACUCAUCCACUGGCCAUAGUUGCCUCUCACAAUCUUGCAUUAGGUCCAUUCGCAAAACGCUAGGUGAACUAGCAUUGGUGGACUGCUGGAGGACGCUUCACCCCUCUAUCAAGGACUACACACAUUACUCGGUGAUCCACAAACGUUAUUCCCGCAUAGAUUACGUGUUCAUCAAGCAAGAGGGAAGUUUGCGCACAGCCUCUAUAGAACUGGCCACCUGGUCGGACCACGGCUCAGUUCGGGUUGAAUUGGAAUCCCCGCUGUUUAAGCCCGCAACAUGGACGUGGUGCCUGAAUGAAUCCCUGCUCCAGGACCCUGGGGUAAGAGGGGAGAUCUCGCAGGCACUGGAAAACUACUUUGCUGAGAACGGAACAGAUGAGAUAUCUCCGGUGUCGGUGUGGGAAGCACAUAAGAGUGUUAUACGUGGUACCCUCAUCGGCAUUGCAUCUCGCAAAAGGAAGGAGUCCACCCGGGCGAUGGCAGACGCGUAUAAAUCCAUCACACGCCUGGAAUCCCAACACAAACGUUCCCACCUAACCUCAACAUAUGGUGAACUGAUGGAAGCCAGACGAACUUUGCAGACCCUACUCACGCAAAGACACCACCGCUCACUCCAAAGAUCAAGGUCCUUCUUUUACACCCAUGCAAAUAAAGGUGGGAAAUUCCUCGCCCGCCUCUUGAAAGGAGACACACCACGCACUCAAGUGAGGAAACUUCGCUUAUCAACGGGCAGUAUAUCACCAUAUCCUGAAGAAAUAGCAGGUGAAUUCCGGGAAUAUUACAAUUCCCUCUAUAACCUCUACCCACCAGAGGACACAGCACAUAGACGGGAAUCAUCAUCACUCAUACAAACAUACCUGCAAGACAAUGUGCGGAAACGGAUGAACCCUGAGACGGCAGAUAUGCUUGACGAAUCGAUUAGCACGGAGGACUUAGCCGCAGCGUUGAAGGGCACGAAAACUGGACGAGCCCCUGGACCAGAUGGGUUCUCCACAGGGUACUAUAAACACUUUGCUACGACACUCCUACCAUGGCUAACGAAAGCAGUAAACAAAGUUGCGGAGGGGGGACACUUUGGCAUGGAGUCCCUGACGGCAACAAUCGCGGUCUUGCUCAAACCCGGGAAGGACCCAGAACAAUGUGGCAGCUAUCGCCCGAUCUCUCUGCUGAAUGUGGACACGAAACUCCUGACGAAAGUAUUGGCAACUAGACUUCAAAGGACGUUACCAAACCUUGUCCACGCGGAUCAGACUGGAUUUAUCCCAGGUCGAGAGGCACGAGACAGCACAUUACGCCUAUUUUCUAUACAACAUCAUGCACGGAAGUUUCGGAAACAACUCCUACUAUUGUCCACAGACGCCGAAAAGGCAUUCGACCGGGUCAACUGGGAAUACAUGUUCCAAACCCUCCGGUUUAUGGGUCUUGGCCAGAGAACCAUGGCGUGGAUUACUGCACUAUAUAGCACACCAAGGGCGACGGUACGCGUCAAUGGAGCGCUGACCACGAGUUUUGGAAUUGCGAAUGGAACCAGGCAGGGCUGCCCCUUAUCUCCGCUUCUUUUCGCACUCUCUCUGGAGCCACUUCUACAAGCGAUUCGAGACCGUCAGGACAUACACGGUUACACCUGGCAGGACACGGAACAUAAGGUGGCUGCUUAUGCGGACGACCUUUUAUUCUUUGUCUCCCAGCCUUGGAUCACACUGCCAUGUAUACUCUCUGAGAUGGAUAGAUUCGGCCGAAUCUCUGGGUUUAAACUCAAUCUAGCAAAAUGUGAGGCACUAAAUCUCACCAUACCCAUAGCGGACUACGUAUCCCUCGGCCCACUCUUCCCAUUUCGAUGGUGUACGGGAGCAAUGAAAUACCUCGGCAUAUGGAUCACCACAAACCCACAGGACAUAUACCAACGCAACUUCACGACCCUACUGCACGGCAUUGAAUCCGACCUGAAAAGAUGGUCCUAUCCACAUAUCACAUGGCACGGCCGGAUAGCGGUCCUUAAAAUGAACGUUCUCCCGAGAGCACUAUACUUAUUCCAGACUAUACCGAUGGCACCGCCGGCAAAAUUCUUCUCGACUCUGAAAUCAGAAGUAAUCAGGCAUGUAUGGAGGGGAGAAAGAUCCAGGAUACGCCAUGAAAUACUGUGCAUGCCCAGACAUAGGGGGGGUUUAGCCCUACCCGAUUUUAAAAAAUACCACCAAGCAGCGACGUUACAACGGAUUUUGGAGUGGCACGAAUUAGAGACGACCAAACAAUGGGUGAUCCUAGACCAAGAAGGAGACAGUGCAAAACUGAAGGCGGCAAUCUGGAAAAGACGGGCAACGAGAGGCAACAGAAGAGGAGACGAUGACCCAGUUACACAAACACUCCUCACAUGGGAACAACUCAGGGAAACACCGCAAAUCUCCCCGACUCCCUGCCCAUUGCUGCCGAUUGCUCAUAACCCCAGUAUAGGAGGCGGUCUACCGCCAGACGCCUGGUCAUUCUUGGGUGAAGCAGAAUACAUCCCAAUACAUAAGGUCAUUCGGGAUGGCGCCCUGCAGACUCUGGACGCGCUAUUGGAAUCACGACCGCGCUCACACAUGGCGGUUUUUCGAUACAUGCAACUGAAACAUUACUUCAACUCACUCCCGCACAAAGAAAAGCUGCGAAGAGACCUCACAUGGUACGAACAACUCUGCUCCAGGGGCACGUCAUUAGGGAAAGCAAUCUCGAACCUCUACCAAUACAUACUGACCAGCCCCACCUCGGAAAACAACCUCUUCAAACGACACUGGGAACGUCCAUUGUCCUUCACACCAGCACAAUGGGACAAGGCCUUGAUAUGGCAGCACAAAAGCUCCUCCAGCUCUCACUAUCAAGAGGUGAACUACAAGUUGCUUUCCAUGUGGUAUCGAACACCUGUACUGUUACAUAGGAUCUUCCCCACUACGCCACCAACGUGUUGGAGAUGCCAGGAGGAUAGGGGGAACAUGCACCACAUAUGGUGGGAAUGUAAACACAUUGCCCCAUACUGGGACCGGAUCAAAUCAGACAUUCAACUAAUCCUGGGAGAUGACCUUGAAUGGUCAGAGGAACUAGCCUUGCUACACAUAUCCACACGACCACUAUCCACAUACAAAAAAUCGAUCAUGCGUCACCUAUUGAAUGCGGCCAAAUCGCUCAUACCGGUAUACUGGAAGAAACCAGACAUCCCGACAAGGGAGGAAUGGAUCCACCGGGUUGAGGAUAUCAGGGCAGCGGAAGCUCUGAAGGCGGAGAUGACGGGCAGGGAAGCUCAACACGCUGAAGCCUGGGCACCGUGGUAUACAUACCGCUCACGACCUUAGGGGGGUCCGGGGGGGGGUCUAGGGCAGGGAGACGAUAUGGAGCUCACUAGACCCGUGCGACAUGAAGCACACUCUGUACCGAUCACCUGA